AGAAUCACAGAGCUAACACCUGGAAAUCGACCGGUGAGGAGAAAUCAAGACAUGUUUCCUGGAAUGUUUAUGCGUAAACCAGACAAGGCUGCGGCCUUGAAGCAGCUACGAACGCACGCAGCAAUGUUUGGUUUGUGGGUCGCGGUGAUUCGGGUCACGCCGUACAUUCUUCACAUCCUCUACGAUGAGAAGGAGGAGCUCAAGCUCGAACUCUAGAUUCCUCCAACUUCGUGAUUCGAAUUUUUCGAGUGGGUCUAAGUGAAGAUGAAUGGCAUGGACUUGGGAAGAGCUUGUGUGAGGUUGUUUGUGUUGUUCUCAACCUGUAAGGCUAGUACAUCCAGACACUGAGUCGCGGUUGUGCUUACUUUUAAGUCAUUACAAUUAUUAUUGUCAUCAAACGAAAUUUAUAUCAGAAAUAUAAAAUUCAACAUCCUUUCAGUUUUUUCUUGCUUGUAGUAUAUGAAGAUUGAUUUGUCCAUUUGGAUGAUAUACUGAUUAUGUAUGUUUUCUUCUAUCUCGCCCCUGACUUGGAGCUAAUGUCUCUCAACACCCGAAAUAAAUCUUGCAAAUUCUAUUUCA